GUGCUCGGAUCACUGCGGAGCACACCGUUUGGGACCAGUGACCUAGACGGAAAAGAGCCGCAACCGACCGACUGCUGUGGGCCAAGACCCAGUGCCUUCGUCAUUCCUGUCUGCGGACGUAUCGCCAUUUUUUAUGCACACUGUUGCGCGUCAGUGCGAAGCGGGCCUGCUGCAAACGCUGUGACGACCAGUUGCGUGCAACGCCCUCUGGCCGGCGACACAGGAGCGUGCCGUCGCCGGCUUCUCUGGCUGCUUUGGCGGAAACGGAAACGGCAAUCAGUCACGUGCGACGCCGUCACGUGCUCGUCAGCGAAGCGGUUAUGGCUGCUGCUUCUCUACCUGUGCGGUCUACCGUGGCAUCCACAGGCACGAACGUUGUGUGGCCAUGGUUCUGUCGAAGUAACCGAUUCGACAUUGAGCAAAGGAGCGACAUUCCGAGCAGACAAGCAACCGCUGUGCACCGCCGUUAUUGGGAGCUGUCCACUGUUCGGACGUGGCGGGUCGAUGGCAUCUUCCUUGCAACACGCUAUGAUGGCUUCUCCUCAGCGGUGCACCAUGCUGGCCCGGCCCGUAUAUGGACAGUGUUUCAGCCCAAGCGGGCUUAGCGGGCCCGCUGGGACGAUCAGUUACGUGCACCACCACGCACUCGUCACCGCAGCAGACAUUGCUGCCUCCUCCGUCCACUCGGGGUCUAGCAGCCAGUUCGAAUCGCCCACGCCCGCCCACUGCUGUGGAUCCAGACACAGCACCUUCGUACCUUCCUGUCUGCGGACGUAUCGCCCUUUAUGGACACCCUCUACACGGCCGUCAUCGGGGCAUGUGCGCUGUUCUGGAGCUGCCGUGUAUAGGGCGUCGACGGCGGAGCACGCUACGAUGGCUUUUUCUCGGCGGUGCACAGUACACGUUCGACCUGUAUGGGCGCACAAGUUCUUAACUCAUCUCUUAUACAAGGGGAGCGACAGCAACUCAUGGGCGCAAUGUCUCCGAAGGGAAACGCAGUCAUAUUAUCGUCGCCUUUGAGGACACGACGUGAAGGAGAGUGCCUUUUGUGUGCCUUCUAAACCCGGGAAAUGUGAUUUGGAGCUUCUCGGAGCACCCGGGUACUUAUGGAAAUAAGAAAGACAGACCACGAAAUUGGAAAAAAUAAUAAAGUCAAAAGCAACUACAUUCUUCCGCAUAUGUUGCGCUGGCUUCCUUGCUUUAAGAAAAAAUAUGGGGAUUGGUGGAUGGGAGAGAGAAUAAAUGACCACGAGAAGAGACACAUGUGCGUGACGACUUCGGGAAUGCCAUCCUGCUGAGCGACCACGACUCUCUCCCUCGGUUGGCUGAAAAAAAAAAGUCGUCGGAGCUGCGGACCGUCUUGCAAGUCGUUCGGAAGGAAGGUGCACUGGGGUUCUGCCAUCGUACAUGAACACGCGCUAUACGUCAUAGCGCUAAUGUACACGGACGAACCACUCGCUGCUGGUGCUUCGGUCUGGUGCUUUAAAAACGCGGGACCGACGGCACGUUGCAAUCGAAAUGAUGCGACGCUUCUGCGAAACUAUAAAAAGAAAGUGUAAACCUA